CUCACCGCCAGCUCUCUGUGGGAUUCUGGACAAAAGACACAGCUCUGGAGGAAUAAUGGGCGCCCAUGGCUCUAACCUGGAUGAUAUACUGGAGGAGGACAUGCACCACUGGUACACCAAAUUCAUGAGGGAGUCUCCCUCUGGGCUCAUGACGCUCUUUGAGCUUAAGAUGAUGCUUGAAAUGAGCGGUAUGACAGAGGAGGCCAGCAGCUAUGUGGACCAAGUCUUUUUCACUUUUGACAUGGAUGGGGAUGGUUAUAUAGACUUUGUCGAAUACAUUGCAGCAAUAAGUUUAUUACUGAAAGGAGAAGUAAACCAGAAACUAAAGUGGUACUUCAAGCUCUUCGAUCACGACGGAAAUGGGAAAAUUGACAAAUAUGAACUGGAGACUAUAUUUAAGGCAAUUCAAGAUAUCACCAGGAGUUAUGACAUCCCCCCAGAGGAGAUUGUGACUCUUAUAUAUGAAAGAAUCGAUGUCAAAGGAGAAGGUGAGCUGACGCUGGAGGAGUUCAUCAGUGGAGCAAGGGAGCAUCCGGACAUAAUGGAUAUGCUCACUAAGAUGAUGGAUCUUACCCACGUCCUGGAAAUCAUUAUCAAGGGUCAACAGCAGAAAGCUGGGAACUAAACUGGUUAUUAACAAGCU